AUGUCUUCCUCGCUCGCCCGCCCCGUCCUCCGCGCCGCCCCGACUCCGUUCGUCACCUACUACGGCAAGGUCGGCCUUGAGCUGUCCAAGCUCGUCUUCCACGGCCAAAAGAUGGUCCCUCCCUCCAUGGCCACCUUCCAGACCACCUACCAGAACCUCUGGACGCGGCUGCGCACCCGCUCCGUCUCGCCUCAGAGCAUCAUCCAGCAGGUCCGCGGCCUCGGCGCCGCCCAGCUCGUCGCCGGCGGCGUCGUCCUGGCCGAGUGCCUCGGCUUCUUCACCGUCGGCGAGAUGGUCGGCCGCUUCAAGCUCGUCGGCUACCACGGCGAGGUCGCCGCCCACCACUAA